AGUUGCCGUUGUUCGCGAAGAAGUUUGGGAGGAUCGCGAAGAUGGCGACUUUAGGUCUCAUAGUAUUAGUAACAGCAUGUUGGGCAGUUCACGCGUUUCCAGAAACUCCUCGUCCAUAUAGAAAUACUAUAUUUGUAGAUGAAAAAUUAGAAGGAGAAGUAUUUGAAGAUGUAGACGCUUUUAAUGAUAUAACACUAUACAAUACUGCUAACAACCCAUUCCGACUGCCUACAACGACAAGACCGCAGCACUACAACAUACAAUGGAUUAUUAAUAUGGAACAGUUAUGGUUCUACGGUACUGUAGACAUAGAACUAUACGCCACAAGUCCAAAUGUGAAUGAAAUUGUGAUUCAUGCUCACGACUUGAACAUAACCUCAUUGAGUUUACGACAAGACACUACGCCAGUGUAUCAAACAUACACGCUUGAACCAGAAUUCCACUUUCUUCGCGUCAGACUCACUAGUGGUUCUCUCAAUUAUAAUGCUAACAAUCCUAUUAUAUACACUCUUUCCAUCAGUUUUGAUGCACCGCUGAGAACUGAUAUGUAUGGCAUCUACAAAAGUUGGUUCAGGAAUGUUUACACUGAUGAUGCUAGAUGGAUGGCAUCUACUCAAUUCCAAGCAACAGCAGCCCGCUUCGCGUUCCCUUGUUAUGAUGAGCCAAGUUUCAAAGCAACAUUCGAUAUAUCUAUUGGUCGUCCACAAAAUUAUACAAGUUGGUCAUGUACCAGGCUUGAAACGUAUUCGAGUUAUGAGAUCAACAAUGAAACCACUUAUAUACUGGAUAAGUACUACAAAACACCCGUUAUGUCAACAUAUCUUUUGGCGUUAAUUGUUGCUGAAUAUGAUACAAAAGAAGCAUUUGGUAUAAAUCCUCAAACAAAUGAAACUGUUUUAAAAUACGAAGUUAUUGGAAGACCGGGUGCAAUGGAAGAAGGACAGGGGAAUUUUUCUUUUGAUAUCGGACAAGCUCUUUUGAGUGAGAUGAGCUCCCAUACUGAUCUAGAUUUCUUCAGUGUUCAUCAGCACCUUAAAAUGACUCAGGCUGCUAUUCCUGACUUCGGUGCUGGAGCCAUGGAAAAUUGGGGAUUACUUACAUACAGAGAAGCUUAUUUGAUGUACGAUGAAAAUCAUACUAAUAGCUAUUUCAAACAAUUGAUUGCUUACAUUCUUUCACAUGAAAUAGCUCAUAUGUGGUUUGGAAAUCUUGUUACUUGCGAUUGGUGGGAUGCCUUAUGGCUUAAUGAAGGAUUUGCCAGAUACUAUCAGUAUUAUCUAACUCACUGGGUUGCUCCCGAAAUGGGUCUCGCCACUCGUUUCAUAACGGAACAGAUUCAUACAGCCUUGCUCAGUGACUCAGCUGAUAACCCUCAUCCACUGACUAAUCCAGGUGUGGGAAGUCCUGCCUCUGUUAGUGCCAUGUUCUCUACUCUCAGUUACAAUAAGGGAGCAGCAGUUAUCAGAAUGACAGAACAUCUAAUGGGUUUCGAAAAUCAUUUACAUGGUCUGCGAAGAUAUAUAAACACAAGGAAAUUCCAAACUGCUCGACCUAUAGACCUCUUUGAAGAUCUCCAAGCAUCAGCUGUGGAAACCAAUGCAACUGUAGAAUACGGACCAGAUUUUAAUAUAAUUGACUAUUAUAAAACGUGGACUGAACAGGCUGGUCAUCCAGUACUUAAUGUAGCAGUUGACCAUCAAACCGGCAUUAUGACCGUCACCCAGCGUCGUUUCAACAUCAACACCGGUUAUUCUGUAGCCAACAGUAAUUGGAUCAUACCUGUGACAUUCGCCACUGCUAGCAAUCCUGAUUUCGAGAAUACCAAACCUACUCAUAUAAUCACAGACUCUUUGACGUUCAUCAAUCGUACCACAACUGGUGAUGAAUGGGUGAUCUUUAAUAAGCAACAAACAGGUUACUAUAGAGUGAAUUAUGAUGAUUAUACAUGGGAUCUCAUCGUCAUGCAAUUAAGGGGACCUAACAGAGAUGUCAUUCAUGAAUAUAAUAGAGCUCAGAUCGUAAACGAUGUUUUCCAAUUCGCUCGAUCUGGCUUAAUGAACUACACCAGAGCGUUCAACAUACUGUCUUUCCUUGAAAAUGAGGAUGCAUAUGCACCUUGGUUGGCUGCUAUUACUGGUUAUAAUUGGAUUAAUAAUAGGGUUAUAGGUACACCACUUGAAGGUCCUAUGAACACUUUAUUCAUGAGCUGGGCUACAAACGUCAUGACUUCCCUUACAUAUAAUCCUAUACCAGGGGAGUCAUUUAUGAGAUCCUAUUUGCGUUACCAGCUUGCUCCAGUUAUGUGUCGCCUUGGCAAUAAUCUAUGCUUGACGACAGCUGCUACAAAGUUUUCGGCUUUGAGCACUGCCCCAUUCACGCAAGUACCAGUGGACAGUCGCAAUUGGGUGUAUUGUAAUGGCCUCCGGCAAGGCCUAUUCUCAGAUUAUGAAUUCCUCAGGAGUAGAUUCCUAAGCCACAAUGUCUACACUGAGAAGAUUCAAAUCUUGAUGGUUUUGGGAUGUACUAAAGAAACAAAUGCCUUGAAAGAAUUUAUGGACUACAUUGUUGAUGAAAAUUUUGUAAUCCGACCUCAGGAUUACAACACUGCUUUCAACUCAGCCGUCACAGGAAACGAGAAUAAUACCAAUAUUAUUUUCGAUUACGUAAAAGAAAAUUUAGAUAGAGUUGCUAAUGCAUUUGGAUCGGUGGUAAAUCCUCUUUCCACCAUCGCGUCUAGACUUAGGACUCAAACACAAGUAAAUGAGUUCCGCGAAUGGGCAGUUCAAAAUCAAGGGGUUUUAGGUACGAGCUUCCAACAAGUGUUCAAUGCUGCAGAGACAUCUCUAAGCGCUAUACAAUGGGCCGUGGAAAAUUCAGCGGACAUUACUAAUUACUUAAAUACAGGCAAUGCUGUUUUGGUAACAAGUACGCCUGCUCCUGUUGUCACAACCCCUCCGGUAACAGCAACCGUUGCUGCUAUUUCGGCACCAACGACGCCUGACCUUCCCGAUUCCGCUAAUACAUCGUUUGUAUCAAUUUUAACUAUCGUUGUUGCUUUGUUGGUCAAGUAUAUAUUCUAAGACAUUAUUCAUUUUCUGAGUUCUUUUUCGUGUCAAAUAAAUGUUUAUAGAUAAUUAGUUUGUUAUUAGUUAAAUAACACACUGUACCGAGUACUUAUAUAUUUUCCUUAAAUUGAGAACUCGUAUUUGAAUCGACAAGAAUUAUCACUCUUUGAUUUAUUAUACAUGAAAUGUUCUAGAAAUAAAUAUGUUAUUUAGUGAAUAUUAAUUUAUUAAAAUAAAUCCGUAUACCAUACUGUAAAAAGUGAACAUCAAAGCAAUAUAAUAAAAUUACUGAUUUAUUUGUUUUGACAUUGUCAAGAUAAAGUAGUUUUUGGUUUUCUAAUGUUGUUCAUUCCACCGAAUUGUAUAUAGUCUAACGUUAUUCAUAAAUAUUUAAAUAAAUAAUGUGAUUUCU